AUGAUUGUGGUCGAGUUUGCGCUGGGAAACACGGAAAGUGGGAGGUCUCGAGUUUCGAACCCCGGUCCUUUCUCCCCUCGUAGUGGUGAUGAUAGAGACAUUUCCACAAAGAUAAGGGGCCACAAUAAAGAAAUAAUGGUCACUUCUGUGCUCCCGCGAUCAUCAUAUGCCCCUGAACAACACCAACGCCAUAUCAGGGCAAGUACUUUUAUCAACUCAUUGUCGGCAUUGCGGCCUUUCCCAGGUUUUCUUCGUUGGCAUGGCCGUCGGCGUGAUUUGUCUCAGCUGACUAGCAGCCAAACGGCAUAUGAAGUUAUGUUAUCUGAGUCUUGCAAGAUACUGAAAGCCUUGGUCCACACCGGCACAUUUAGACAGGAUAUAAUCAACGCUGGACUCCAAAAGUCUAUGGAACAUAUCACGAGUCCAAUACGCAAAUCGACUCUGAAGAGCAAAGGAGAGAAACAAGUUGUUCAAGCCCUGGCUAAAGAAGUCCUUGAGACCCUCAAGCUUACAAAGCUGCAAGACGUCCAGUCGCACUUGCAAGCAGAGUUACUAAGCUUUGACCAAACUCAUCCUCCAGAAACGACCUUGUCCUCUCACCGGACAGGCCACGCGCACGAUGAGGAUGUCAUCGUCUCCAGGGAACGUUCGCUUCGAAAUGGGCAACGCAGCUCCACGUUUGAGUCACCGGCAGGCUUUGACAGCUCACCAUUUGAUCCCAAAAUGGAGGAAGUAAGGGAAAGUGCUACAAUGAAUGCGCGCCACUCCCGGUCGCUGAGCGAACCAGCUCGACCUAUUGCUUCUCAAUCCCGACGCGCAGACCUCUCGCCUCUGAGGGAGAAUCCCAACACUCCUAACUUUCCACAAUGCACUCUCGAGGGAGCCCAAGUCACCUCCCAGUGGUAGUCAACCAACGGUCUAUUCCACUCCUAAUUCUCCACUAAAUCGGAUGGCGACUUCCAGAGACCGGUGGCCUUCGGAUGACGAUCACUUCAUGGACCCGUCAUCGCCCGUGUCUUUGACCCAUUCCCGAACGAGUCCGCUUUCGUCCAGACCUUCGGCGCCAGUGCGAUUGGGUAGUAUACGUCGUCGCGGAAUUCAGGGUGAUGAUGCUCCAGAAUCAUCGACUCAUGAUUCGGAGUUGGCUUCUAAUACCGCGGAAAGAGGUGCUGCAAAUUCACGGGGUUCAACUCAACGAUCAUUCCCCUUGCCAUCGUUUGGGCGUUGGUAGUUAUUGGGCGAACGAGAAAUCGCCCACCAUGGCGGUCGGCGGGCAUCAACUACAUGUUGGUGU